AUGGCGGGUUCGAUCAAUGAUGCCCCCAAAACGGGCAACAAAGGCCCAGAAAUGAUGGCGGUAAUGUGGUCAAUGACAACUCUUGCCACGUUGCUCGUUAUCGCUCGUUUAUGUGUCCGACAGCGAAUGUUGCGCAACUUCGGGUUCGAUGACUGGUUGAUCGGGGCAUCUAUGAUCUUCGGUCUAAUUUUCGUUGCGACCACGACAGUCUCAGUGACUUAUGGAUAUGGACAACACACGAGCAAUCUUGGACCUAAGACCGCUGAGCUCGCUCUCAUGUGGAAUAUGAUCUCGUUCAUUUUCGGAAUUAUAUCAUUCGCAUUACCGAAACUCGCGGUUGCCGCACUACUCCACCGAAUACUGAACCCAAAUCUUAUCCAGCGCCUCAUAGUGUGGGGUCUUGUUUGUCUGGUUGCUGUCAUUGCUCUUAUCAACAUCCUGAUCUAUGUUACCAUGUGCAAUCCACCACAGGCACUCUGGAAGACUUCGAUGGUAUUGAGUGGGGAGGCGACGUGUAGGGAUGUUUGGAUUCUUAUAAAUUAUGCUACAUUUAAUGGAGCUUUCUCCGCAUUCGUCGAUCUUUUCCUCGCAGUUUAUCCCGGCGUCGUUCUGUUCAAGCUGCAAAUGUCAUUGCGCAAAAAGAUUGCAUUGACUGCUGCGCUUGGUCUGGGUUCAAUUGCGGCUGCAACUGCAAUGGUCAAAUGUGCUCAGAUCAAGGGUUUAGCUGAUCAGACAGAUCCAACUUAUAGCACUGUACCUCUUGUGGUUUGGACAAAUGUCGAAGCCAAUGUCGUUGUCAUUGCCGCCUGUAUACCAACAUUACAACCGAUGCUGGAACUUAUUCUGAGAAAACUGAAACUCGUUUCGACGUCUAAGGGUCACUCCAAGCCAUCAUCUUAUGCACAGCACAAGAUAUACGACAAUCAAUCCACUUCCCGGGCUCACGUGUCGAAAAAAGAAAGACAAACUCCAUUGGGGAGAAAGGAGAGUCAGGAAAGCAUCCUUAAUGACUUAGAGCAAUACCAAAUACGGCGCACGGAUGAGGUUUGUGUUGAAUAUGAGAUGCAGCGACCGAAAUAG